CCGAAAGUGUUACUACUACAAAUGAUAAUAUGAAUAUUGUAUCUGAUAUUCCAGUUGUUUCAAAAAAACCUAGCGUUAAACUUCCUUCACCAGUUAAACCCUAUUUUUUACAAAAAACUAUUGAUGGAAAGUCACUAAUCAUUCGCUACUAUGAUCCGAUAUCUUCACAUGAUGUUAUUAAAUCUAUUAUUCAAAAAGCUUUCGCCAUAAUACAAAAAGAUGUUCGAAAUCUUUUUGAACAAAUUUUUAGUAAAAUUUUUAUUACAUUAGAUAUUUGGACCUCUCGUGCUAAUGUACCUUUUAUUUGUAUCACAGCAUAUUGGAUAGAUAAUAACUGGAACCUUAAAAACAUCUUACUUGAUAUUUGUAUGCUCCUUUAUCCGCAUACUGGUGAAGAAAUAGAUACUAAAUUAUGCUUUGUUUUUGCAGCUUUUAAUAUUACUGACAAGAUUCUUUGCGCUACUACCAAUAGAGGCUCUAAUAUGAUUUUGGCAAUAAGAUUUUUAAAGGAUAAUUUAGUUUUAAAAAAUUAUAAUUUUUACUUUCAAUCUUGUCAUUGCUUAGCAUAUAUCUUAAAUCUCAUUGUUACAACUGGUUUAUUAUCUAUUAAACCAUCAAUUGAAAAAGUGCGUAAUUUCGUCAACGUUAUCUCAUCAUUAUCAUCUAUAACUCAGGAUUUUAAAAAACUUGGACAAUUAGUUGGUGAAGGUGAAGCAACUUGUAAAAUUCUACAACGCAACAAAAAUCUUGGUAAAUUUAAACUCACUCCACAAGAAGAAACUAAUCUUCAAGCUGUAACACAUUUUCUUAAGCCAUUUUAUGAAACUACUAAUGUUCUUUCUGGUAGCACAUAUACAACCUUAGGUAUUUUAAUUCUGCUGAUCGAUGAUAUUGUUGAUAAUAUUUCAUCAUGUAUUCAGGAUUCGGCGAGUCCAGAAUUUCUCAAAACAGCUGCAACUCAAAUGGCUGAAAAAAUCCAAAAGUAUACUAAUGAAAUUUAUGACAAAACAGCAUUUAUAUCUGCUAUCCUUAAUUCUUAG